AUGCUGCUGGGUGGUGAUGGUGUCGGGAUUGUCGUCAAAUAUAUUCGUAAAGGGCUUGUAUAUACACCGGGACUUGUUGCGCAGACAGUGUGCACAAGGGUUAUUGUGGUCGCACUUGAUCUUGCGGCGGCAGCAUUCUUGACAAGAGAGAGCCAGUCUUCGACGCCAGCGCUGCCGUGGCUGCAGCUGUGGCUGACCUUCCAUGAGGGGCAAUUAGUUGAUCAAAACGAUACUUGUCUCUUCGAUACCAAGAUGCUGUUCAAGUCAAUCUCGAAAUACCAGGAAGGAGGUUUCCAGGGCUCCACGAGUGUGUUCCACUGGAGCAAUGUGUGCUACGACAUCAAGAUCAAGGGCAAGCUUCGGCGCAUCCUGAGUUAUGUCGAUGAUUGGGUUAAGCCCGGAACAUUGACGGCUCUAACGGGGGUGUCAGGUGCUGGCAAGACCACACUGCGGGAUUGCCUUGCCGAUCGCCGUGCAGGUGUGGGCGUACUCACCGGCGAGAUGUUGGUUGAUGGGAAACUUCGAGAUAAAAGCUUCCAGCGUAGGACCGGUUAUGCGCAACAGCAAGAUCUACAUCUUGAGACGAGUACGAUCCGUGAGACUUUGAACUUCUCUGCUCUUCUUCGCCAACCAGAGAGCGUGCCUAUGGCUGAAAAGCUGGCCUAUGUUGAUGAGGUCAUUCACGUUCUCGGCAUGCAAGAGUAUGCCGAUGCUAUUGUUGGCGUGCCAGGGGAAGGGCUUAACGUUGAGCAACGCAAGCGCCUGACUAUAGGCGUCGAGUUGGCUGCUAAACCACCGCUACUACUCUUCAUUGACGAGCCAACUCUAUCCUUUGCACCAUUCAGCAGCCCUCUGCCAUGUUAUUCCAACGGUUUCAUCGCCUUCUCUUACUUGCUGAAGGGGGCAAGGCAGUGUAUUUUGGUGAAAUUGGAGACAAUGCAGAGACCUUCAUCAAUUACUUUGAGCGGAACGGUGCCCAACCUUGCCCACCUGGUGCUAAUCCGGGGGGGCCGGGGGGGGAUGCUCAAAGCUAUAGGCGCUGCACCCGGCAGCUACUCAGAAGUUGACUGGCACGAAACAUGGCGCUCCGGCCCUGAAUACCGUUCUGUCCAGAGCGAAUUGGACCAACUUCGAGUCAAGAACUCAGGGGACUUGUUAACUGAUAGCCAUGAGAAUCAUGCUCUAUACAACGAAUUUGCGACCCCGCUAUGGCAUCAGCUCCUUGUGGUGACCAAGCACGCUUUCCAACAGACAUGGCGAACACCAUCAUACAUCUACUCCAAACUACUUCUCUGCACCACCACCAGUUUGUUCAUCGGCUUGGUCUUCCUCAACUCUCCCCUGAGCAUCCAGGGACUACAAAACCAGAUGUUUGCAAUUUUCGAGCUGAUGAGUAUUGUUGGGCAAUUGGUGGACCAGCAAUUUCCCCACUUCAUCGCUCAGCGCUCGUUAUACGAGGCUCGUGAGAGGCCAGCCAAAACAUACAGCUGGAAAGUGUUCAUGCUCAGCCAGAUCCUCGUCGAGAUACCAUGGUACACCCUCGCCUCCGUGCUCAUGUGGGCGCUAUUCUAUUUCCCCGUUGGCUUCUACAAGAACGCCGACGUCGCCAGCGAGGGCAUUGAGCGGGGGCGUGCUCAUGUGGCUCCUUUUCUGGGUGUUUCUGAUCUGGACCAGAUGCCCCGAUUCUGGAUCUUUCUGUAUCGUGCCUCCCCACUCUCGUACUACGUCUCAGCUAUCCUCUCAACAGGUCUCGCUAAUGCCAACGUGACGUGCGCGAGCAACGAGUUCAUCACUUUCGACCCGCCCGCAAGUCAAACCUGCGGCGAGUAUAUGACGGAGCAUAUCUCGGCGGCGGGUGGGUAUUUGCUGGAGUCGGACACCACAAGCAACUGCCAGUACUGCAAUGUCAAGGAGACAAACGUGUAUCUAGCGGGCAUUCACGCGGACUACGACACGAGGUGGCGCAACUUUGGCAUCAUGUGGGCGUAUGUUGCUUUCAAUGUUGCUGCGGCGUUGAUCUUGUACUGGGUGGCAAGAAUGCCCAAGGGCAAAAAGAAGGUGUCGAGAUAG